AUUACUCCAUUGUCAAAUGAAACCAUCUCCAUGGUGUCUCAAAAUAAAACCCUGAAAUUCAGAGAGGAAGUGGCUCUUCAGAUCCUUUUGCUUUGCCAGUCUGGGGUUGGGACUGUGGGUAACAUCAUUCUGUUUCUUCAUAAUUUUGUUCUAGUUUUGACUGACUCUCAACUGAAGCCCAAUCAUGUCAUUCUAUCAAACUUAGCUGUUGCCAAUAUCUUAAUUCUCUUCCUCUUGACGUUUACAAACACUUUGGCAGUUUUGGCUCCAAGGAAGCCUCCAAAAAACCUCACAUGUAAACUUACAUACUUCUUUUACAUGGUGGCUCGAAGCACAAACAUGUGCUCCACCUGUGCCCUGAGCAUUUACCAGUUUGUCACUCUUGUUCCUGGUAACUUGACUAGGGUCAUGCUCAGAGAAAUAUCUCCCAAGGUCAUGAAAUAUUCUUGUUACAGUUGCUGGUUGUUCAGUGUCUUAAAUAAUGCUUACAUUCCAAUGAAUGUCAGUGGUCCACAGAAAACAAAUAAUGACACUGAUUCUAUGGGUAAGUGGGUCUGCACCAUCUCUGGUUUCAGUGUUGGCAUGAGUUUCUUGCGGUUUGUCCAGGAUACUAUAUUUAUCAGCACCAUGGUCUGGACCAGUGUGUCCAUGGUCAUUCACUUAAACAGACACCACCAGAGAAUAUAUUACAUACACAACCCCAAUAAGGACCACAGAGGUUAUGCUGAGACCAGAGCAGCAAACACCAUCCUGAUGCUGGUGGUCACAUUUGUGACUUUUUAUCUUCUAGAUUGUAUUUGUACUUUUUUUCACAUUUCUUUUGUGAACACUCGUUUCUGGUUGAGGCAUGUCAAAGAAAUUCUGACUGUUAGCUUCCCCACCAUUUCUCCCUUAAUGUUGAUCUUUAGGAAUCCUAGGGGUCCUUGCCCUGUACCCUUCAUUGUGGGACUACAAAGCCAUGUGACUGGGGUAGCCAGUCCGGAGCAAGAGUGA